UCGUUCGUACGUCCGUCAUGGCCGUCAUGGCGGAGAAUGUUUUCGUUCCGUGAUACGCCGACUCGUGAUUACAUCGGCUCAUCGAUUCGGCCGGUCAACGACAAGCGGCGACAAGGACGUUGGUUUACGCUCGUUUCUUCGGUGAAGAUCCAGCGAUCAUCUCGCGAUCAUGGACACGCGUGGCGUCGAAGUCACGAAUCAGCUCCGGAGCGCCAUUCGCGCCAAGCUUAUGGAAUUGGGAGUCCACUAUGAUGAAGAGCUACCUGAUUACAUAUUGGUAAUGGUGGUGAACAAGAAAUCUCGUCAGCAGAUGCAUAAUGACUUGAAUCUGUUCCUGGAGGGCUGCACCACUGUAUUCGUGGAUUGGCUGCACGAUCAGGUGCUAAAGAAACUGCAGAAAGUCACUGUAGCCAAGAAGAAAUCGUCUCGCGAGUUUGUGCCUACCGUAGUGGUGAAGCAAGAGGAAGAGAGGAAGAAGAAGAAGAUAUCCGCGACUUCGUUCCUAGAGGAUCAGGCAACGGAGCAGUCGUCCUCGGCUGUCGAGAAAUUCCCGGAUAAAAGUACGAAGAGCGACAAGCAAUCACCGGUGCAGAAACAACAGGCUACAAAAUCUUCUGUACCUAAUCCAAAUCCAGAGCGAAGUCACAGCAAGAGCGCGGAAAGAAGCGUGAAAAGUGUGCACAGCAAAAGUAGAACAGACGAAACGUCGUCAACACAUGGCAGCGGAUCUUAUCAAGACUCUGCCUCCUUGAGGAAGCCGCAGCAGAGUUCCGAGCGCGACGAGAAUACAAAGGAUAUCUCUGGCGCGCCUGAGAAUCCCACUACAAAGACUACAAAUUCGUAUGGCGAUCCAAAAGAGAGCGAGGCGCCGGAUAAAAGUUUGAAGAGAUCAUUGGAGACGUCGAGUAGUCGUCACGACAGCACGGAGAAAAGGAGUAACGAGGCGAAGCGGCCGAAGCCAUCCGAGGAAGAAAAGGACAGGGUUGGUUACUACCCAACCCUGGAAAAGGAAGAUACGUCAUCCCCGGAUUCAAAGAAGCUUAAAUCCUGCGUGAACAAGCCAAAGAUCGUGUCGGUUGUGUCUGUGAAGACCCGGCUUGGCAUAGUCUCUCCACGGAAGAAAUUCGAAACAUACAGAGAGAGGGAAGGCAACGGCCGCUACCGUCCGUUGGAGAAGCGGUUCGAGAAGUCGCAUCGCUAUGACAAUGGACGUAGCGGAAAAGGCAGAAGCUUCGAGAUGGACGAUCGGGGUUCCAGACGGAAUCGUGACGGCGACACGCGGCAUCACGAGACUAUGAACAAAGUCAACGAUGUGAGGGGUCGGAUAGAGAGUAGCAAGAGCGAGAGACUGAGCAGAAAUGUGGAGUCCAGGGAGAAGAAUUUAAAUUCGAGUUCCAAAACGGACGCGUCCGCAAAAAAGUCUGCAUGCACUAUUAAGGACCGGCUGGGUAUCAAUAGUAAAGUCCAAAGACAGUCCACAAAAUCGCAAGAGGCAAUAGAUUAUAGGAACAAUCCAAAGAGCUUGGAUCAAGCGGGAAACAACAACAAAAAUAUCAAGGACAGGCUCGGUCCGUUAAAGAGUAAUUUCAGGCCGUUGCAUAAACAAAGACAGCUUCGCAGCAGCGAAAACGACAGAUCUGUAGUUUCUCUGAAUCCCGGUGCUGAGAGACACGAGGAAGAGGAGGGGAAGGAAACCGAAGAUGAAGACGAAGCGGAUAACGACGAACAGCUGACCGGACCUGUGAAAUCACACAUAGUCGCUGUAAACAGACCUGUAUCCGCCACUGUUACGAGAACCGAGAGGAGACGUAUAAAAACGUCGAAUAAUGUUCUGUUCAGUGCGAUUCAAAAUAUCGGCUACCCAGGACACGGAGGCGCGAAAUCUCAGGAUAAGAUGGACAAAAGGACGUCCAGCGACAUAGACGAGGAUAUCGAUGAUACGAGGUUACCGAGCAAAGUAAUUGUCACGCCAAGACCUUUGAAGCCGCUGCAACCAACACAGAAACGCGCCACACAGUCGCUUUUGUUACGAGCUGUCGCGGAGGCAAAUCAGUCGGUUGUCACACAGAAGAAUCCGGAACCUCUAUUCGACAAGAAGCCAGUCUUAAAGCGUCUUAAACCUGCCCCGGCUCGUGAUGUAAGUCAAAACUUGUCGGUACAUUUUAAUUCUAGUAAGAGACUGGUGAUGGAAAAGAUUCAAGUCGAAUUAAAUACAAUAGAUCAUCUGGAUGUGGAAGACGUCGAGCACGAGCCUUAUGUACCACAACCAGUAACGGACGAGCAUAUAGGAGUCAUGAUGUCGUUGUUCCAAAGGAGUGACGACAAUCAAAAAUUCUUAGUUACUCUGAACGGAUACAACAACAAUCUCAUGAAAGAGAAAAUCAGCUCCGAGGAUGACGAAGAGCGACUGGAGAUGGAGGUGAACGAGGAUGACGAGCUUGCACUGUUGACGACGCACAAUGAAGCAACGACAACGAUGGCGACAACGACGAUGGCGGCAAUGGCGGACGAAUUGGAAAUAAAUAAGUUUAGAAUAAUGGACUCAGCGGAAGAUAGCGAGCACGCUAGUCCAAAGGAAGCGAGCGGAGAGGAAAACAACGAGAACUGCAAUACGGAGAACGUAGAUAAGAUCGACGAGAUGCCCCGUAGACGGAGAAAAUUAAGCCCUAUAAUAUAUAAUAGAUCUCAUUCUCCUAGUCCCAUACAACUGAAAUCUAACGCGUCGACAUUAGCCACCAAACCCCCGGAUAAAAAGCCGCUGGUAGAGACCACAGCCUCGGCCAUUUCAGACAAAUCUAGGGAGAAUUGUCGAUAUUGGCCAAAUUGUACAUUAGGGAACAAAUGCGCGUAUCUUCAUCCCCCUGUUAUGUGCAGUGCCUUCCCGGCAUGUAAGUUUGGUGACAAAUGCGCCUACAAGCAUCCCAAAUGCAAAUUCGGUUUGUCUUGCACAAAGCUAGGCUGCGUAUUCUCGCAUCCCGCCCAGCAGUGCAAGUAUCAUCCAUUUUGCACGAAACCGGCAUGUCCGUAUUCCCAUCCAGUCGCUUCCGCUCCGGCAGCAGAAGCGACAAGCCAGAGGGCAAAGUUUACCUGGCGGCGACGAGAUUGAGCGUACUUUUGCGGAUGUAUAAACCGGGGUAUAUCGUUCUGAUCAGAUUAAGAUUCUGAUUCACAUAAAAUUACUUUGUACAGGUCACACAAUGAUGAGAUAUACAAGCUUAAGUAGCGUAAGUUGACGUAAAGAUGUUACCGCAGCGGAAUUUAACUUCGCGAUUAAGGAAU